AUGGGUCUCUCUACCCUGGUAAAGUGUAUACUUGCACCCGUACUCGCUUCAGCAACCAUACUUCAAAAUGGUCAAGUACGAGAUACAGUCUUCGCCAACACGAGCAUUGCCUCUGUCAACUCCAACUGGACUUCCUAUCCCCCGAACACCACUGAAAUCUCCUACAAAGGUCGUUGGGAUACCCAACACAUAUCCUGGUGGUCAGCACCAGGACUCAAACUCGGCUUCACCGGCGACAAACUCGCCAUAAGUUUUGGACAACACACUUCGCAAGGUGUGCUUGUUACAUACAGAUUUGCAGGCCAGGACUGGAUGUUCAGCAACGUGACUGCAAAUUCUACGCAUCAGUUUGUCGAUGCAUCGACUCUUGGGUUCGACUUGACGUUGCAAACGCAAAGACCGCAGACUUUUGAAUUGAGAGUUACGAAUUAUGCUUAUGGUGUUCAGAUCGCGGGUGUACAUGUCGCUGAACACGCAAGACUAGUCCAGAUUCCAAACUUUGGCGCAAAGAUAGAGGUGAUAGGGGAUUCGCUGUCUGCGGGCCAAUACGCUACGUACGAAGGUAUCUCCAGCUAUGCCUGGGGACUAGGCGCUGGACUGGGCAAUGUGGAGUUCGAUAUCACCGCUUAUCCCGGUAUCUGUCUGGUUGACCAAAAUUGCUGGGGCAAUGCUCAUGGACAAGUCUACCAAUGGCUACGCACCUCGGAUACUUCGUCACGCUCAGUCGACAUCUAUGGCGACUCUCCACCACUCUGGGACUUUGCGGCUCACCAACAAUCAGAUAUUGUGGUGAUCAAUCUGGGCACCAACGACAAUAACACGCACAACAACGUCACCAACGAAAAAUAUCUCAACACAUAUAUUGAUUUUGUGGCGGAGGUGCAUGGGAAGUAUCCCCACGCGCAGAUCAUACUCAUCGCACUCUGGAAUGGAUUCGAUCAAGUUGGUAACACAUAUCAGCAAGGCGGUGCUUUUGUGGAUGAGAUAAAGCAGGUGUAUGCGCAUUACAAACAUGAGGGAUUCGUGCAUUACUUCAACACGACUGGAAUCUUGCAGCAUAAUGAUAUUGGGCCGCAGUAUCAUCCUACUGAUGUUGGACAUGUUAAACUUGCGAGCCACUUGAUGCAGUACAUCAAGCUAAAGUUUGGUUGGGUGUUUGGGGCUACGGGGCCGGAGGUACAGGCGGAUACGCUGUAUUGGAACGAUGAGGCAAAUUACUGA